AUGGGCAUGCCUACCGCCUUUGCUGAAGAUCGCACAGAUCUGCUAACACUCACAACUGAGCGACAGCCACCCACAGAUUACUAUCUACGACCAUUUAUGUUGGCCAUCGAGCGUCAACUUAGAAUCAAUGCUUCCUUUCUUAUGCCAAAGUAUUGCUUGGGCCCACGCUUUUCUGCAAAUUAUGUGCUCGAUUAUGCGCUAGAAUUUGCAGAACGUUUUUCGGGACACGGUGGUCUAGGCUUAUUUUGGGUGAAAAGCUUUCGCGAUCACUUCAUGGAACCAACAAUUUUUGACCAAGAAUUCUCCAAUUACUUGGAGCUGCUGCAAAACACUCAGAUACUGGAAAAUUAUGUUGUAAUUAUUCUAAGCGGCAAUGGCAUGCUGCGUGGACGUCUCAACAAACUAAAGAGCGGCUUCUAUGAGGAGCGUUUACCGUUGCUCUACAUUUCACUACCAACCGCAUGGAAAGAAGAACAACAUCCGGACUUAGUGCAAACUUUGCAAACAAAUCGCAAUCGCUUGAUCAGCCCCUUGGACCUCCAUCAAACCGUAAAGCACGUGCUAGCGCUCGGCGCCGGCGUACCGCCACGAUACGCGCACGCAGCCGAUUGCCCCAGCUGUCAGUCGAUACUCAAACCAAUUGCGGCGAAUCGUAGCUGCAGCGACGCUGGUAUUGAUUGGUUGUGGUGCAGUUGUGAACCCUUCAUUGCCAAGUGGUGCAAUUCUUAUGAGACUAGUUUGAUAAUGAACUCACUGCUAUCGCAUAUGAAUCGUCUGCUGUGGAAUGCUGGUUUACUCAACGGCACUUGUCACUUUUUGAGUGUGCACACCCU